AUGUUGCUUCUAGAAAUUGGAGGAGGAGUUGCUAUCUAUUUCUACAGAAAUCAAAUUGAGACAUUUGUAACAGAAAAGAUAGAUGAUGUAGCCAUUGUAAACUACAGAGACAACCCUGAUUUUCAAGAUAUUAUUGAUGGGUUCCAGAAAGGGUUGAAAUGUUGCGGUGUUAACGGCUUUGAUGACUGGGACCUGAACAUCUACUUCAACUGCACGACAGUGGUCGGCCGGUACAACCCAGAGGCUUGUGGAGUACCUUUCUCUUGCUGUGUGCCAGAUCCUGCUGAUACUACUGAUGUUGUUAAUACGCAGUGUGGCUAUAAUGUAAGAUCACCGGAUCAGCGUAACAGCGUAUCAGAGAAGAUCUAUGAACAGGGUUGUAUCUCUGCCCUGAAGGCGUGGCUUUCCACCAAUCUUGUCGUGGUAGCAGUCGGUGCUGGUGCCAUACUACUUGUACAGAUUUUUGGAUUCUGCUUUGCAACUUCCCUCACAAGCGACAUCAGACGUCAGAUGUCAAGAUGGCGACGACAUUAACGUAUGAAACCUCGCUUUGUCUGGGAUGUCAAAUACUGGGCCGACCGUAUGAAGCAAACGGCCUUCUGAUUGGGCUGACCAAAGUUCCCUCUUGUAGAAACUAUUUGGCUGACAACCUUUUAUACUCAGCAUGUUUGAAGCUAAACUCUAGGGAAUGUUUCACCAGAUUUUAGCCUCAUGCUCACACUUUGACUUCAACAUUGAUACAUUUUAUGAGAAAUGAAAAUAUUGUUAUUGAUCCUUUUGAACAAGAAUCUACCUUUUAUAUUUGUUUCCCUUUCUUAAUCACUUUUCUAGAUAUAUUACCCAUACUGUAGUACAAAUUUUGAGUGAUACUCCGUGUAAUAGUGAAUUUUCUGAAACCAUGAUGUUGCUUUCAGGGUUCUGUGACAUGACAAAACACAGGUAUCCAUUUAUUUUUAAUUCAAAUUUAUUUGGACGUAUCUACUCUCAGCCAAUCAGAGGCUAGGAUUUUAGUAGCUUAUAACAAAUAGUGAAAAUCACAGACUGUUUGCUUGUUACAUACUUCCCUGAUGUGAAUCACAGGUUCAGCAAAGCUGAUAUAAAAAGGGGGCAAUUCCAUUAAAUAGGUACAUCCGACCCCAUGUAUGUGAGUCCUUCAUGAAAUUUUCUGUCUCUAAUUUCUGUUUUUUUUUUAUAAUCUGUAAUAUUUUCAAAGGACCAUGGCUUGGUCAGUUUA